UGGUUCGUCACGGAAAGUGGACCACAUGACUCAGGCUCAGGUCUCUUCCUUUUCGGCGUUGAGCACGCUAUGUGGAGGGAGUCGUAGCAGCCUGGAGCAGGUUAGACAGCUUGUUGAAGCACUGGGCAUCAAUCGCUCUUCUCCUGGCACGGGACUUGGCGAGACGGCUACGCUCGGGGAGCUGAACAGGCUGGUGGCAAUGGCCGAAGAUUUAGACGACAUUGUGGUGAGCGUUGCACUGUCGUCUAGGGAUCCCUCGGCCCAAACCAAGAACGGUUAAGGGCGUGGUGGACGCACUUAGCCGACUUUUUAUAUGGUACACCUUUUGUACUAACCUGGAAGACUUCCCUUUUUGCAAGUAUCUUUGUGCCGAUGGCCCUUCCCACACGCACAUGGAUCGCAUUCCUCCUGCUUCCCUAACGAUGUUUUCGCCCAACGUACCUGCAACCGGCGAUGUGUUGUGUGAGUGCACAGUCGAGACACGUGAUGAAUGAAGCCAUACAACGAAGGGAGCUAGCGUUGCCCCCAGGUCCCAAGGCAUACUACAUGGCAAUCCGAACUGGUCUAUGCAACGCCUACCUCGCAGCCAGCGUCGUCUGCAGUAGCUUGGUUUGCACAAGCAAAACCGGUCGCAUGGGUACGGUGAGUGCCGCCGCCGCUAUGCUUCCGCAUGUUGCCGCAUUUGGGCUUGUAUUGUUUCAUAUCUGUGUCUCAAUACCCGCCCUGUUGCUUUGCAUGAAUGUCAAUCGGAGCUCGUUGUUCUGUUUCCUCGUGUAGGCAGGGAAGACCUUAGAGUUUCUGUCGAGCGCGGUGCCUGUGGUCAGUGGGCUUGCGGGCUUGGCUGCCGCAGCUUUGAAUGCGGGAGACCGCUAUCUGCAAACUCGACGAGUGUCGAAGGUAUGGGUGGUGCUGAGGGUGAGGAUCCACAGCGCAAUUGGCAUGUCCCUUGGCAGCCAAUGCCGCUUUGCUGAGUCGGGUUUGUUGGAUGGCUGAGCCCGCCAUCCUUCAACAUUGUGUACGUACGCACCAACUUGCUUGUGGGCAAUUGUGUUAAUGGAACCCCAACGGUAUUUGUAGAAAUACAUUUACCCUCAGCGCCAUGGUGUUUGGCUCAACUUUGUGCGGUGGGCGGGGGCGGAUGGAGCCAAGAUAUUGGCGCCUCGCCAGAUUCUGCGACCGAGGAAGCCGUCAUGGACUGGUUUGUCGAAGAAGUGGCGGACUACGAGCCGAACAACCUCGACGCAAGGAAAACGACUCCUGCCGUACAGGUAUACGAAGACCUCUGAGAGCUCUAUUUCCGUCGAAGCCUUUGUGUUUCCAGUCCUGCUUGACGAACAUGAUGACAUGGACAGCAGCCAUCUUGCACGGCGUAUUUUCGCCAGCUACGAGAUCCCCACCGCUCUUUCUUUUCGCCGCCGUAUUUUCCAGGCUGGGAGGAAGGUUGGGAAAAGGCAUCUCCAGACUCUUCUAAAGGCAGUUGGGCGGGAUUGCCUCCGCGGCACAAACACUGCUGACGAGAAGGUAAAGUACAGAUUUGGUUAGACGCUAUUCUACAGCCGGGAAGAACGGUAGCAAGACAUGAAAUAGAACGGGUAACUAUGUUGGCGCGUGCUUGGCGCUUUACAUGCGAGGAAUCCAAACACCGCCUGUAUCCGUGAUUUCCUUUGUGCCGUGAGUUUAGGAACGUUUUUGGUACGGCCGCCCCCACGUGUCUGAUGUUUUUUCGCCGACCGUCUCGAGUUCCUACUAGGUGUUUCGUGUAGAUUCCGUAUGCGUUGUGUACUCAGGCGACCUUCGCCGCCUUUUCCGGGUCAACCUAUGUGGCCGGGUUACACGAAAACCAGCGCAGUUCCAGAAAACAGCAAGAAAAACGUUGGUUGAUUCCCCUCUUGUGGUUGGAGCCGUUCACUUACACUGCUGUCAUACGUGAUAUAUCAAGCAACUCCCACCCUUGUGCAUUGCUUCGGAGAGAUUCCCAAGUGAACCUAUACAGAUUUCUCUUCGCCCAAGGGACAAGGAGUUCGGCGACUAGCUUGUGGUACUGUCGGUGUAUCAAGCAGACACUCGGACUCGCUCAUUCAGCGUCACACACUCGCGGUAUUUUGUCACGGGAACAAUAUCUAAUGGAAAUGAACGCGUUGAUGAAACAUGAUGCAUCCCCAGGUGAAGGUUCUUGUCGGGAUUAUACUCCCAGAGGCCGAGCGGAAAGUUGGUUCGACAUCUCACGGCACGCAGGAGCGUGCCAAUCACGACGCUAGCUCCGCCCAUCCAGCUUCACGGCAGUCGCAUGCUGCAGCUACUCGUCCAGCCGUUCCUGACGGUGCUGCCAAGAGUAAUAUUGACGUGCCAGCGUUGAUGGAGCGCAUGGCUUCCAUGCGCAUUCGUACGGAAGCAAGGCACGAAGAGCUUAAAGCCGGCCUGGAAGCUUCUCAUGCGAAACAUGUCGAGCUUGAAUCUGGUCUAGAAGCUGCGAAAGAAGAGAACGCCAGGCUUAAAGACGGUUUGGAAGAGGCAAAUGCAAAAAACGCCAAGCUGGAGUCUGAGGUACGGUGAAUGUGCUAUACAGCAGUAUACAGUAGGUUCAGAAACCUCUCUUCAUCAUUUAUUUGCCGAUCGAGAAGCUCACCAUCAAGCAUGCACACGGUCGUUCAGUAGUUCCACCGUCGUGGAACGUAGCUCGUCAGAACCAUGCGAUGUUCAGUUGCCGAUGUCUACGUUUGACACCAGCAUGCUGCAUGCCGCCGCGUUUGGUUUCCAGAUGAAAAUCCUGAACAAAAUGGUGACGAAAACUGGGCCGGACUCGGAUAGCUUGGUGCCCAGCGGGGGGGGGCUGGCUUUAAAGCAGCGGCAAGCUGUCGUCACCGAGACGGUGGACGACUUUCUCGAGAGGGCUCAAGAGAGAGCGCCGGCGGCGGGCAAUGAUGUGGUGACCCUGGAGCAGCUGGCAGAGGCCGUGGAACCCCUGAAGGAAGUGCAUAGCAAGUACAAUGAGCUGCAUCGCGAGCAUGAUGCCAAGCUGGGCCGUUUUCAGAGGGCAGUCGACAGCAUUACCCGCAAAUUGGCGGCUGUGAGUGAUGACCUGGUGCCCCAGGACGAGCUGAGAGAGAUAUUGGCACUCCACGACGAGCUGCUUCGCGAACGUAGUGCUGACAACAGAUAGCUUCAGAGGAUGAGCGCCCACAACAACGAAACAUAUGGUUGCCUCGUUGUGUCUUCUGCUGCCGGUACCACUGUUCGGCAGCGUGCCGAUGACCCUCCGCGUGCUUUCUACCAACCAUCGAGCCGUGCAUGACCGGAGCUUCGUCCGUUCGGCUGUGUGUGGUUUCGCGACCGGCGUGGCGACGAGGAUUGAUUGAUUGAUUGAUUGAUGCCCACGUCAAGGCAUCGUAGUAGACGAUACUGCCUUGAAUUGUCGCCUUGAAUCGAGCGCCGAGGACCUUCGGGGGAAUGGUGCAGGUCUCUUGGCGACGAGGAGCUGAGAUGUCCAAGGAGAUUGGUUGCUGUGUCUUGUGGCGUAUGCCAUAUCUAGGUCGGUGAUGAAUCACCUGCUUUGCAACUAUUUCGCCUGAUGAUAGAGAGGCGAAAAGACGAGUCAUGAACACGCCUCGUUGACUACAGGGCACAAUAGCGUACAACGUCGUCUCACCAACACGGAGUUUGCCUCUUGGGGGAUGCCAUUCGGCUUCCAACCUCUUUUGCGUGCAUAUGGAGGGGCUAUCGGGUAUGCUUUGGCUUACCGUGGCCCCGAUACACGUGUCGGCAUUCCCGCUCGUAGUCAUUGCAUCUAGCCCUCCGGUGCUCAUUUAAUUUGUCAUGAUAUCGCAGGCAGACGGUUGUCGUUCUCUUGAAUAUGUUUGUUGAAACGAACUACAUUUGUUUCACGGUGGGUUGUAAGCUGGUCAGUCCAUGAUUCGCGAGGAAANGGUGGAGGUGUUUGUUCCGGGGAUAUACUGCUGUAGUGUCGCAGUUUCAUGCCUGCGGUGUCGUCUGGUUGAAGGUGAUAUAUAUAUAUUGCAUGUGGGUGCAUUGGGACGCCCCCGCCCGGGAAGCAGGCGACAAGGCGACAAGGAAGGGUAUGUGUUUCUCCUCAAGCACGGCGGAUUUUGAAUAUUUUUCGGUCUGGCCAAUACAGCAGCAGUGUGGUGACGUGCGAGAUGUAUUUAGGCCCAAUCUCGCGCCGCGGGUGAGAACCAUUAUACCUCUGACACACGCAACAGCAUGUAGCUGUUUCUCUAUCGGGCAGCUUCAGUCCCGGGUAAGGCUGAAAUCCGCUUCCAAUUUCCCUGUCUUCUCAGGUCAGCCGGGCAAAAUGUCCUGUGUGCACAACUGAUUUUGAAACUCUGUCAAUAGCGUCACACGCCUGGACAUCUACAAGCAGCAAGAUAACUUCAGCGUACAGGGUUCGGGGGCGACCCUUAAACAAGGCGUUCACACGUCGUGAUGCGACGAAGGCGCACUUGUUGUGCGCACGGAGGGAGCCGUCGGAAGCCGUUACGACCGUUUCACGUUCUGUGCGGGGGAACGUGCUAAAGGUUCCUCAUCUCUUCCCGGAACAUUCCGCAGCAUCGCAUGUAGAGUGUGGCACCAGCGAGGCAAAUGGGAAGAGGCCAACAACUUCACCCUGCACUUCUGCUGCUGUGUCGUAUCCCGCAGUUUUGUCUUCGGGAAGGAGGUUGAGAAAUGAGCUACAGCACUGGGUCAGGCGUGCAGCUACAUACUCCGUGUCGAAUCCCGUUGACUUGUGGCACAUCCCCCUGUGCCUGCUUCUGUCGCAUCUCGUCCGUCGCCGUUCACAGGAGAGAUGCUGUUUUUCAGAUUAAUGCGGCUUCAUGUGAUUGGCUGUGGGUCAACAGUCUUCCCAUGAACUUCCCCUGUCCGCAGGAACGGUAACGGAUGCAUCAAUUGCGCCAAUCAGAUCUCCUGCUACGCGGCGGAUCCGUGUUUCGAAGAAUUCUGCGACGAGUGCUGGGAGAAGCAGGGGGGGGACUACGAGCCGUACUGUUGAAGCUGGGUUAGAUCGAACGGACGGACGAACGAAUGGUCGCCACCUCGCACUCAGGACGAAAACCGAAUACCUUGGGAAAAAAAUAGGCGUUGCGCUUUGACCUUGGGGGGAAGGUUGUGUAUUAUUUCGUUGUUUAGGUUUUCUUCUCUCUCGGUGUGUGUGUUUGUCCUUGUUUAGCACCGUCUGCGCUGCGAAAAACGGGUGACCAAUACUUGCGCCCGUCGUACAGCGGGAUGGCAAGAACGCGAACGAACGUGUUUUCAAGUCAACGGAGCUCCCGACGGGGAGGGUGAGGAAUGGAGGUGUGUGUGUAGCUAUGUGUUUUUUUUGUUUAGCAUGGCCGCGCUCACCGGCUGACCAGUAGUAUACGGUGUCAGUCUCAGUGCCGUUGAAAACACAUGCUUCUAAAGGCCAUGGUGUAACGCAAAUCGUGUGCUCUUUUGUGGAGGGUGUACUGUUGUAGGUUCGAGCUGUGUAGAUCGCCCAAGCAUAGUUUCCGUACCCAUCAAAACCCGUCGACUCUUGUGAUGAACAUAGCACAGAUGCCACCAGCUAAUUGUAGACGAGAAAAAAACAAUUUAUGU